AUGGAUGAUAUGGGAUAUGAUGUUGAAGACUUUUAUAUGAUAGAUCCUGUCUUUGGAACAAUGGAUGAUUUUGAAGAAUUAAUUUUUGAAAUGAACAAGCGAAAUCUUAAAUUGAUAAUUGACUUUAUACCAAACCAUUCAAGUUACAAGUGCGAGUGGUUUGAAAAAUCAAUCAAACAAGAAGGAAAGUACAAAGAUUAUUACAUAUGGCGUAACGCUUCAAAUCAAGACGAAGUAACCCGUAACCCGUCGAUCACGCCCAAACCGCCAAAUAAUUGGUUGAGUGAUUUUAAUGGUCCUGCCUGGACAUGGAAUCAACAACGAAAUCAAUUUUAUUUCCAUCAAUUUGGUAAGGAACAACCAGACUUUGAUUUGAGAAAUCCUGAUGUUAAGCUACAACUUUUAGAUAUAAUAGAAUUUUGGAUGUAUAAAGGAGUUUCUGGAUUACGAUUGGAUGCUAUCGAUUAUUUAUAUGAAAAUGUUUCACUACUCGAUGAACCGUUUUUGCCGGGAAAGAGCAAUUCCACCGAAUACAAGGAUUUAGUUCAUAUAUACACUAGAAAUCAACCAGAAAAUAUUAUUAUUGUCUUAGAAUGGAGAGCGUUUAUGGAUAGUUAUACAAAAAGCAAAAAUAAAUCAAUUUCAAGUUUAAUGGCAACAGAAGUAUAUUCUAACUACAAUAUAUCAAUGCAAUAUUACGGCAACUCAACGAACCCUGGAGCUCAAGUACCAUUUAACUUAGCAUUGGUGAGGUGUCCAAAGGAUGAUUAUAUUGUUGAAUCUAUAGAUACCAUAAUCAAAAAUUGGUUGGCUAAUUUACCAGAAAACGCAGUGGCCAACUGGGUGGUACGUGUUUUUAAAUAA